AUGUCGAGUUCCGGUGGUGUUUACAGCACCUUGCUGCCAAUUGCUGUCUCUACUGUCAGGGAACUUAAUCCGAAAGUCCUCAUGAAGCUUACAAGCGCGUACACGGUAUUUGGUGAGUACUUCAAGGUCGGAAGUUAUGACUUUCCCGCCAAGCCUGAGGAUCUCGAGUUUGGCAAGAUGUUCUGGGAGUUGAGUCGGUGUUUGCUGGAGGAGGGAAAGGUUAAGGUUCAUAGGGUCGCUUUGGACAAGUAUGGAACGGGCUUUCAGGGGGUUAUGAAGGGUAUGGAUGCUUUGAGAAGGGGAGAGGUUAGUGGAGAGAAGUUGGUUUUCACGGUUUGA